AUGGUUAUAACUACAAAAAGUUGGCAAGAUUCUUAUUCAUUAUGUCUUAAUUACGGAGGUAACUUGUUAAGUGUAGCUGAUGAAGCAGAAAAUUUGUUUAUUAAAAAUCAACUUCAAGAUGACACAAUUAAAAAUCAAAUUUUCUGGAUAGGACUAAAUGAUCUGAUAAAUGAAAACAUAUUUGAGUGGUCACCAGUGGUUAUCUAUAAUUGGUUGCAAAAUCAGCCCAAUAACAAUGGCGGAAAUGAAGACUGUGUGGUUGCAAAUUCAGUUGGUUGGAAUGACUCUCCUUGUGAUUCACUUUUUGGUUUUAUAUGUAAAACAAAAUCAGAAAAAACCUAUUCAGUUUCGUUUAAAUUAAAACCCAGAUCAUAUUCACAAGGAUGGAAAAGUGUUGUUCAUUUAACAAUCGGAGAAAACUACGGUCGAUAUGGUGAUAGAUGCCCAGCUGUAUGGUUUCAUGGUGAUGGCUCAGGAAGGUUAUAUAUUUCUGCAGCUGUCAAUGGAAAUGAAGAUUAUACUUUUACAACCCAGCCUCUGCCGCUAAAUCAGUGGUCAAGUUUACAAAUAUCACAGUUUCAAACAAAUGGAGUUUAUAUGUAUACAAUAUAUUUAAAUGAGUUACUUGUUCAUAGCGUUAUAAAUACAAAGCCACAAUCUUUUUCAAAUGUUAAAGUCUAUACUGCAGAUCCAUGGCAUAAUGCACAAGAUGGCUUUAUUAAAGAUCUCAAAAUUAUAACUGGAUAUAAUGGUGAGGAUAUUAUACAUUAUUUGUUAGGUUUUUUUUACCAAUUCAUGUUGGUUAAAUAA